AUGGUGAAAAAACGGCCAAAACCGCGAAAAAUCGAUAAAAAGGAAAGAAAUAAGUCAAAAAUUUUGCGAAAAUAUUUAUUGUUGGGUUACGGUAGCACUCGUUUGCCGGCUGUGUUUUCGAAAAUUCUCCUUGAAAUACGGUGGCCUAACUUGUGUGAAAAUUCGGCCCCCACNNCAAANUUUNNGCCCCACGAAGAAAAAUAUCGCAAAUUCACACUCAAAAUAAAUUCAAAAUCAGCAAAGUCCCAAGAAAGUGUUUUUUUUUCGUUUGUUGCAUGCGGACUUUUUCGAGCUAUUUUUUUAGCGUUUUUAAAUUUUGUAGGGUAA